AUGAGCUCUGGCUCUGCCCAGGAUGUGGUGGUGGAGCAUUUCCUGCGGGACAUUGAGAGGCGGGGUAACCGGCUGCAUUGCGCUGUGAUUGGCCGGGAAGGGCAAAAUCCCCACGGCGACAUGAACUUGCUCUAUCGCAAGAGCCGGCUGGACUGGAGGCACCGAGAUUCGGACAGCAACAAGAAGAGCUCAGGCAGUAAGGACAGCUCAGCCACUGUGGGAAAGGUGCGGGACCUGGCGUCCUUCCGGCGACACUUCCGAAUGGGUUUCAUGACCAUGCCCGCCUCGCAGGACCUUUCCCCGCGGCCGUGCUCUUCCGCCAUGGCGCCCCGCUCGCAGUCCUGCCACUCGGUGGGCGCUAGCAGCGACAGCCUGGAGAACGGAGACCACUCCAGCCCCCAGCCGCCGGCCCACUGCUCUAGCCGUCACCCGCCAGCCAAGCCGAAACGUCACCCCAGCACCCGGCUCACCGCAGGUGAUCACCGCGGAUCCAACCUGCCGCCCCCGGAGGCCCCGCCUCCUCCCCCUCCCACACAGCUGCCUGCCAAGCACUCGGACAAGAGGAACGCCAUGAAAAAGUCUGACUCGGGGGACGUGUCUGGAAGGAAGGUUCCCCCCAUCAAGCCGAAGCGGAGCCCCAACACGCAGCUCUCCUUCGAGCACCUACCGCCCCGGGGGGCCCCUCCCGCCACCCCUAUGCCCCGCCCUUCCCAGGAAACGGGAGGACACGAGGAGGACGGCGACGAAGAGCCAGUGUACAUCGAGAUGGUGGGGCGUGCCUUUUCCCGUCGGGACAGCCAAAAUGCGACCCCACAUCCGCCGAUGGCCACGGGCACUCCUGACUCGGACUCGGACCAGAGCGAGGCCAUCUAUGAGGAGAUGAAGUACCCACUCCCCGAGGAGUCUGAGCACCGCCACCGCCUUCCCCUAAAGCACGACCGGCACGGGCCUUCCAAACACUCCAAGACUGCACACUCAUCUGCCUCUCACCUGUCCUCAUCCUCCCUUCCUCAUCAGUCAUCUUCUUCUUCCUCCAAGCCCAAGGCCGCCGUUUCCAUCGCCAGUUCUUCCCCCCUUCCCUCCUCAUCCUCAUCCACCCCCAUCCCUCAAGCCCUCGCCUCUGGCAGUCAGCCCCCGCGAGCCCCCACGCCCUUCCUCCUCCCUGGGAGCAAAUCCCAAACAGACUCCAGCAACAAGAUCCCGGCACCUUUUCCCAACCUGCUCCAGCACCGCCCCCCCCUGCUGGCCUUCCCCCAGCCAGCGGCCGCCUCCAGUGGGAUAAGCGCCCAGAUGAAAGCAGCCAAACUGGGCACUGUCAGCACGCAGGCCUCCUCCAGCCUGGCUCCCGCCACCAACGCUUCCUCCUCGGCCUCCGCUUCCAGCGGGCAGCAGGACAAGCAGCAGAGUGAGGGGAAGGACCUAUUCGGCCCAGCCCCCGGUCUGCGAGCCCGGAGCCACUCCACCCCGCUCCCCCCGUCCUCUCAGUCAUCCUCCCACUACGGCCACUACCACCACCACCACCCUCACCACCACCCUUCCCACUACCACCACUACCGCAGGGCUGAGAAGGACCUGCCCACCUCCCACAGCAUGAAGCUGGGCCCCCAGGCCACAGCCCAGGCCCAGACCCAAACCCAGGGCGGCAGCGGUGGCAAGGAGGGCAAGAGCGUGGGAUUCCACCUCAAGUCUGAGAAGAGAGAGCGGGACAGGGAGAGGGAGACGGCCACCCCCUCCCAAAGCGCCCCAACGCCCACCCCCGGUGCCAGCACCCCCCACACCAGUGCGAGCUCUGCCCCCUCCCCGGCCCCGGCCUCUCACUCCUCUUCAUCACAGCGGCCUUCCUCCCGCCCCCUCCUUUACCGCUCACACACCCCACACCCCAUGUCCCAUGGCCUCCCUUCCUACCACCCCCCUCCCCCAGACAGCCCCAUGUUGUGGACAUACCCUUCCGUGGGCCUCAAACGGCCCCCAGCCUACGACAGCCUGAGAGGGGGGCAACUGCACUCUCCGCACCCCCAGAUCUCCUCCCUGUCCAGUGGAGGCAACAUCUCCAAGAGUAGCUCGACCACAACCUCAUCCCAGCAGGGGAAAGUGGGGGGCAGGGGGGGGCAGGUAGACACAGGUAGUCUCUCUCGGGAUGGGAGUGGGGGUGGCGCCUCCCUGGACGAGGGCCCCUAUUGGCCCAUGCAGAGGAAGAUGUCAUUCAGCCACGGCAUGAGGGAAACAGAGAAAGAGAGCAACCGCGCAUGGAACGGCAGUACCGACGCCCUCCCCCGGGUGGACAAGGAGGACCGCGGCGGGCUGGGGGGACCGGGCGCGGCGUCCGGCAUCCCCGUGCGGUCAGGAGGCAGCGGCGCUGGGGGGUUCGGCGAGGGGACAGGAGGGGCCGCCUCGAGCGCAGGGCUGAGGGCCCUGGGGCGUUCGGGCCUCCCCUUGCCCUGUCAGACCUUCCCAGCCUGUCACCGUAACGGAGAGCUGGGGAGACUGGGCCGGUCAGCCUCCACCUCGGGGGUGAGGCAAAGCAGCAGUAAUGUACACAGGCAGUGUAGUCUGCCCCGGGAAGCACUAAGUCAGGGCCAAACCCAGUCUCAGGCCCCCUGCACCCCAACACUGUCCCACCAACAGCAACAACUGCAGUUACAUCAACAGCACCUGCAGCAGCAGCAGCUCCAGCAACAGCUCCAUCUCCAGCUGCAGUACCAGCACCUGGCCCAUCUCUCGCAGUGCCACCCUCCCGCCAGCGGGGGCGCCACAUCUCAGGCUCAGGCCCAGACGCAGAGGGACGGGAAGCUGAUGGAGGUGAUCGAGCGAAAGCGGUGCCUGUGUAAGGAGAUCAAGGCUCAUAGGCGUCCCGAGAGGAGCCUGUGCAAGCAGGACAGCAUGCCUAUCCUGCCUAGCUGGAGAAGGACCCCAGAGCCUCGGAAGACGGGCACCCCGCCCUGCCAGAGACAGCAGGCCGUAGUCUGGGACACUGCCAUCUGA